UUAUGGGUCGGGUAAACCAAAUCGUUAUGGACAGGCCCCGAUCCACUUUGCCGUGAACCAUCACGACUGCAAACCCUACGAAAACCGAUCAGAUCGGAAAUCACCACAAGAAGAAGAAGAAGAAACCGAAAAUGUCAUCGUCUUCAACCGAUAAAGUUAGGGCUUCACACAUACUCAUUAAGCAUCAAGGAUCUCGCCGUAAGGCGUCCUGGAAGGAUCCAGAAGGUCGCAUCAUUAACAGCACCACCAGAGAUGACGCUGUCGCUCAGCUCAAAUCCUUACGCGAAGAUAUUCUUGCCGGCAACUCCAAGUUUGAGGAUGUCGCCUCUCGUUAUUCUGAUUGCAGUUCUGCUAAGCGCGCUGGAGAUCUCGGAUCAUUUGGAAGGAACCAGAUGCAGAAACCCUUUGAGGAAGCAACAUACGCAUUAAAAGUUGGUGAAAUAAGCGAUAUUGUGGACACCGACAGUGGAGUUCACAUCAUCUUGAGAACUGGUUAAUCGGGAAGCUGGCCUUGCUGAACGUUUUCUGUAUGUUGGGUGUCAUGCCCUUUUAUAUUGAAACAAUAAGACCACGUAUUUCCCUUCCAUUGUCACUGUAACGUGAUUGUCGGAUUUCAUAUGCUUUCGUAUUGGUUUUGGUAUUGUUUUUGGUUUCGGUUCGGACAAUCCAACAUCGCAGCGUUACAAAGCA